AAUGUUCGCCUUUUUUUUUUAAGGUUCAAUAUCCUGUUGCUUAUGAGUUUCACGCUUUGUGAUUGGCUUGCACUAUAGAAAAAAUAAAGAGAGAGACAGGUGUUACGUGGAGUUUUUUUUAUUUAUUUUCCACAUAUUCCCUUUACUUUUAUUUUUUUCCCCCAACCUUUGAAUAUAUAUAUAAAGACGUAAUGAAUACCAUCAAACCCGACCAAAUUAUUGAGCUGGAACCUUCUCUCAUCAAGGUUCCUUACGAGCAACUUCGCAAAUCAUUCCGAUCUCAACAUCGUUACCUUGAAAAAGAAUUAGCUUCCAUACAUGAUAAAAUUGAGCGAUGUGUCAGAGAUACCAAUAUAACACCCGAGAAAGCAUCUCUUAAAGUGGACGAAUUACUAAAACAAGUGGAAAAGUUGACAGACAAGUUGCAAAAAACAAGGGAGGAAGAGUUAGGACACUCAGAUAGAAUCGAAAAACGUAUUCAAAACUUGCGUGAGAUUGAAAACAUCACAUCACCCAAGGCGCCAGAGUUUAUAGCUUGGAGCAAGACGAGAUUGGAUAGAGUGAUUGUGGAUUAUUUACUUCGGGAAGGCAUGACAGCAACAGCAUCUACAGUAGCAGCUGAAGGCGGUAUUGAAGACAUGGUAGAUAUUCAGUUGUUUGCGCAAUCUGAGAAAAUCGAGGAAUCCCUUAGAAAUCAUAGUUGCAAGGAAUGUCUUGCUUGGUGCAGUGAGAAUAAGUCAAGUCUUCGAAAAAUGAAGAGUACGUUGGAAUUUAAUUUGAGAAUACAAGAGCUGAUUGAAUUGAUCAGAGCAAAAAACACGCUGGAAGCAAUCCCAUAUGUUCGAAAAUACCUAGCUCCUUUAGAGCCUACGGAUGCCAAAAGGUUUAGACAAGUCAUGGGUUUAUUUGCUUUUGGGAGUGAGACCACAUGUCUUCCUUACAAGGAUUUUUAUGAUCCUAAGCGCUGGUUAGAACUCAUUGAUCAGUUUAGAGCUGAUAACUAUUCUCUUUGCUCACUUACGUCACAUCCGCUACUAUCUAUUACACUGCAGGCGGGUUUAUCAGCGCUCAAGACACCUCAAUGUUAUGAACAUGAAAACCAAAAUGUAAAUUGUCCCAUUUGCGACAAUACCACGUUGGGUAGUUUAGCAGAGAAACUACCACUCAGUCAUCAUGUGAACUCUACUAUUGUGUGUCGUAUCAGUGGUAAAAUUAUGAAUGAAGAUAAUCAGCCAAUGCUUUUACCAAAUGGAAGAGUUUAUAGUCUGAACGCUUUACAAGAAAUGGCUGCAAAGUCAGGUGGUAAAAUUACAUGUCCAAGAACUGGCGAUGUGUAUCAGUUAGAUGAAAUUAAGAAAGUCUUUAUUUCUUAAAUUUUUUUUCUUUCUUUCUUUUUUUUUUUUUUUUUUUUUUUUUGCAGGAAUAAAAAUAAUCG